CCAGCUUAGUGCAGGGUUCGCCUCUGCCGCUCGAUACGAUGCUCCUCCAGCCCCGCAUCCUCCCCCGCUUCUUCUUCAUCUCGACCUCAACCCCAACUCGUCUCUAUCCCUUCUUCCGCCCCCUCGCCUUCAAUUCCACUCUUAUCCCCUCCGUCUCCGCCACUCCCGAUCUUUCCAUCUCCAUCCCCCCUUCCUUCUCCGAUGACGCGCAGUCGAUUUCCGACGAUCCUCAGCUCCAUCUCCCUCUCGAGAAGCUCUUCAUCCCUCCUGAUGUUCAGCUUCCCAAAGGCCCGUUCGUGAGCGAUGGGAGGGUGCUCAAAGGUUCCAACAUCGUGCUUGGGCCCUACGCGCGGGAUGCUCAGGUCUCCACCGCUGAGUUCGUGAAGAGCAGUAAAAAGACGGAGGAUUGCCCCGCCGAUGGGCUUCCGGAGUUCGCCCUCGUCGGGCGAUCCAAUGUCGGCAAGUCUUCCCUCCUGAACUCUCUCGUCCGGCGCAAGCGCCUUGCGCUCACUUCGAAGAAACCUGGAAAAACGCAGUGCAUCAACCAUUUUCGGAUAAAUGACAGUUGGUACCUUGUCGAUUUGCCUGGAUAUGGGUAUGCAGCUGCGCCACAGGAAGUUCGAAUUGACUGGGAUGGUUUUACAAAAGAUUACUUUCUCAAACGAGAGUCAUUAGUGUCUGUAUUUCUCCUUAUAGAUGCCAGCAUCCCUGCAAAGCAGAUAGAUCUGGAAUAUGCUAGUUGGCUUGGACAAAAUCAGAUACCGAUGACUCUAGUUUUCACCAAGUGUGACAAACGCAAGAAGAAGAAGAAUGGUGGAAAGAGACCGGAAGAGAAUGUUGAAGAUUUUCAGAACCUCAUAAAUGAGUUCUUCAAGUCAACACCGCCUUGGAUCAUGACCAGUAGUGUCACUAAUCAGGGCCGGGAUGAAAUUCUACUGCAUAUGGCUCAGCUCAGAAACUACUGGCUAAAGCACUAGUAUGCAAUCAAACCACGUAUCUCUUUGCAAGAUACUGGCUCAUCCAAUCUUAGCUGCCUUCCAAAUUACAAACUAGCAGCUAGAGGAUUAUGAAACAUAGUGGAUGACUUCAGCCCUGGAAAAUGAAGAGUCAGUGAACUUCCUUUUAGCCCUAACCAAGUAUCUUUCGACGUGCGCGGUGGUUGCCUCCUUGCCUGUUGAGAACAGCCUUGCUAUAUAGCAUCUGGGAGCACCUUUGAAUUUUUUUCACGGUACAUUACAUUAGGGAUUUUGGAACUUAAGUCUUUGAAAGCCAUCAGAUUGAAGGCAAGCAAAAACAGCUCCAAAACUUAUCCUGAUAUUCACCUGAUUUUGUGUUUGUACUAAUCUUAUUGUAAACAGUGUAGAUUUGAAGGAAGUCACAUUGCUAUAUUUGGAUUAGUUUGAAAGUGUUAUGUUUGAACUGUUUUGACUGAAUUAAUUCAAAUAUUUGGUUGGAACCA